AUGUUCCAGGAGCUAUCUGAAAGUUUGAACACCACAUCGGGUACCACUGGACAAAGGACCCAAAAGGGCAAUAUGUUGAUGGCCAUGAACGUCAAGAUGUUGUUCAUUACAACCAAAAUAUUUUCCUCCCAGCGUGGAUUCAUUAUCAGCCAUGAAUGCUGGAAGUGGAAGGAGGAUGAUGUUACUGUUGAGGAGGUACUAUUCAGGGCAGGGAAGGCUCAUGAUGGCUACUUUACCAACCAGGAUAUAACUGCCCAUGCUGCAAAGACAAUGAAUAUCCUGGAGAAAGACUAUCCUGAUGAGGAUCAUGUUCUCAUUUUUGACAAUGCAAGCACACACCUGAAGAGGGCAGAUGAUGCCUUGUCUGCUUGUAUAAUGCCCAAAGGGCCAUCACCUACAUGGGGGGUCUCCGUCUCAAUAAACUGGUCCUGA